UUUUUUUAUUGGAGCAGGCUGAUCUCCAACUCUUGUCCUUGCCGUUGGUAAUGGAGACGGCGAGAUAGCUUUAAUCGGCGUACGGAAUUCUCACGUCGUGUUUUCAACGCACCAAUUCGAAUUGCGACGGAUUUCAGCCGGACGGGCUCCUAUUCUUCAAUCCCAUUCUGCUGCCUUGGUCUUCGGAUAAGGGGGCCUCUUCCCGGUACUCCUCUCCGGCCGCCACUGCAGUACCCAACUCUUCGUCCGCCAUUGAAUCCGUCGCUUCAACUUCCUCCAUAUCAACUGCAUACUUCAUGAAGAUCUAGCCUCCAAUUUCUGCUUUUUUUAUGCUCCCCUCGACUUCUGGUUAUUAGGGUUUCUGUCGCCUGGGCUGCUCCUUUCUCAUUCCCGUCGGCGGCGGACUUCAUCUCAUAGAUACUGCAAUUCGAGGCUAUAGCCCCUGCACAUUAUCCUGGUUGCUUGUUCUGGACCAUGUAUUGUCAUUAGAAAUGAUUUAAUCAAAUACUUCUUGAAAUUGAACCUUAAAUUUACGAUUCAAUGGCUCGUAAGGGUAACCAACAGAAAACAGGGUCAGAGCGCCAUGUAUCGAACAAUAAAAAGAGAGGUUCAGACUUGCAGUCCAAGGGACAGGGGAGAGCACGAGAGAUAAAGGUAUUCCCCGGAGAGGGACUACCGAAUGACAACCACCAUAGUAGAGCCUUUGAGGAAGGUAUGGUGAAUAGAAACUCUGGGGAGGGUAUAAAGAAUCUAAAGAAAUCUGAGAAGUCCUUGAGAAAAGAAAAACAAGGAGUGGAAGGAUUUCAUUCUCCAGACGAGCCAACAUGUCUCCCCGAAGAAUCCGGGAACUGCAAUGGAAAUAAUGAGGAUUCUAGUAUAGGAGAACAGUACAAUGGGUCUGAUAAGGAGCAGGAUCCUUUAGAUGGUAGUUUCAGCUGCUUUUUGAACGGAGAACACAUCAGAAAUGUGAUGGGUAAUCUAAAAUUUUCAGAUAAUGUUUUCGUGAAAAGCUUCGUGGAAUCUAUGUCAUCGGUAUUGGAAGCAGCCCAUGUGUUGCUGGAGCAACAAAGACCUUUGUUUAAUUCUAUGAAGAACAACUUGCUAAACGCAAGUGCCUAUGUUGGAAAGAAGAUUAUGAAAGCAUAUCCCAUUGUUUUGAAAUGGAUGAUGCAUUUGGGGAAUGUAAUGCUUCUUUUAUCAAUUGUAUGGUUGGACUGUGCCCUCAGGGGCAUCGAUUCCUUUGUACGUAUGGGGACAACAUCCUUCUUCUCAGUUAUAUGGUUCUCCAUUCUUUCAACAAUUGCAAUGGUUGGAAUUAUUAAAUUCCUUGUGAUCUUGGUGGUAGCUGCUUCCCUUGGAAUUUUUGUUGGGUUUGCUUUUGCAAUUUUGGCCAUCGCCAUCUCUGGAGCAGCUUUCCUUUGGUUUUAUGGAAACUUUUGGACAACAAUGCUGAUCAUCUUUCUUGGAGGGCUGGCAUUUAUAUUGAGCCAUGAACGAGUUGCACUCUUUAUCACCACAUUGUAUUCGGUUUAUUGUGUAUGGGUAUGCACUGGAUGGUUUGGUUUGGUUUUGGGCCUGAAUUUGUCAUUUGUUUCAAGUGAUGCUCUGAUUUAUUUCCUAAAGAACAACAUAAAUGAGCAUAGGAGAUCGAACAGAUAUCCUGAACAAACUGCUGGGAUGCCAGAUCAGCCUCGCUUCUUUCAUGAUGAUCCUAUGCAAGCAUCGUCUUCUGAAUUUAGUGGUGCAGGCUUUGCUGCUGAUCGGAGUUCAGGCACACCCUCAACCAGUGGAGCUGAUUCUGAGCUAUCUUCUGAAGAUGAAGUCAUUCGUUUGCUGAAUUGUACAGACCACUACGCAGUUUUGGGAUUGUCUCGGUACGAGAAUAUGGAUCCGUCCCUACUCAAGAAGGAGUAUAGGAGAAAGGCAAUGUUGGUCCAUCCUGAUAAAAACAUGGGGAAUGAAAAGGCUGCUGAAGCAUUUAAAAAACUUCAAAAUGCAUACGAGGUGUUACUUGAUUCGACAAAGCGAAAAACAUACGAUGAUGAACUUAGAAGGGAAGAGCUGCUAAACAUUUUCCGCAGGUUUCAGAGUGCUUCACGAAAGAGUGGAGGGAGUGGUCCAUUUGCAUUUUCACGUUCAGCAACGGAUAGAGAAGAUCCUUUCGGUGAAUCAAGACGAAUAGCUUGCAAAAAGUGCAACAAAUUUCAUUUAUGGAGAUACACUAACAAAUCGAAAUCUCAAGCUAGAUGGUGCCAGGAAUGCAAAGAUUUUCAUCAAGCAAAGGAUGGAGAUGGGUGGGUGGAGCAAUCUUCCCAGCCUUUUCUUUUUGGAUUGCUGCAGAAGGUAGAUGCUCCUUCUGCCUACGUAUGUGCAGAUAGCCGAAUAUACGAUGCUACUGGAUGGUAUAUUUGUCAGGGAAUGAGAUGUCCAGCCAACACUCACAGGCCGAGUUUUCACGUAAACACGAGCGUAACCUCGAAACAAAACACCAGAGGAUCAAGUUCCAGCCAAAGAGGAGGCCAAAUGCCUGCAUCAAACAUAGAAGAGAACAUGACAGAAGAAGAAUUCUUCGAGUGGUUUCAGAAUGCCGUGCAGACAGGUGCGUUCGACAACGUCGGUGGCAGCAGCGCCACGGAGAGCUCACCUGCUAAAGCAGGAGGAAGUUUUAACAAAAGUAGUAGCAAUAAUAGUGGGAGUGGGAACAAGAAAAAGAAGAAGGGAAAGAAGUAGGGAAUAUAGUUGAUUAUUAUUGAGGUUAUUUGGUUAAACCUGCUGCUACUAAUUUUGAAGUGUACAAGGUAAGGUAAGGUAAGGAUGGCAUCAAGAGUUUGUAUAUAUAUGGCCUGAUUUACACUAAGUAACUCCACAGCCCUAAGGUAUUGCACUAACCUUAUAUAUGAAGAAUUUUCUGGAACAUGGCCUCGGUAUGGCUCUGCUUCGUCGGUUGCCCCCGAGCCUUUUCGUUCACUCGAUAAAGGCCAUUGUCUAGUCUUUGUUCGUGGUGAAUCAUUUUAGUUAGAUUGUACCUAAGUCUGCCUCCGUUUCCUUAUACAAAAGAGGUCUUAUUUUAUGAG